UACUAGCACUGAUGCCGUCCCAGCUCUGGGUGAAAGGCAAUUCGCACCCCAAGUGCAUGAGUGAGUUGAGGCUAGCUGGCUCUUCGAGAAUUCAGCAGAGUAAGUGCUGACCAGAGGCGACGUCCACCGUCCGCCCAGCUAUCGACAAAGGGCGUACACGUAUGCCACGCCUAUGCAGCCUGCCACCGCCGACACCGGCAGUCCUCGAGCAGCUAGAGCUCGCACCCUUACCUCUGUACCAGCGGACAACCUCUUCUCUUCAUUUUCUAGCGCGACGCUCACCAGCCUAGAUGAAGUGGCAGGCGUGACCCAAACGCAAGUAUCAUGGAGAAGCCAGCCUCAGGCGGACAACAGCAUGGCGGACGGCGUUGCAAUGAGCACGGAAGUGCCCCACCUUGUUCAAGCUCCAACGAAUUCUUUAGGCUCAGAGCAAGCCGACCAAGAAGUAGCCACGACUUCAAGUAGAGGGGCAAGGUACCGCAGCACUUCUGACCCUAGAGGAGCGUCUUCCGAUUCCGAAUUUCGAGCAGAGCACACCUCAAGACCCGAGCGAAGGAAUUUGCCGAACCUGUGGAGGGCGACGACGAACUGGUUCACUCGGUCUAGAUCACCAUCUCCGAGAAUUCGAAGUGCUACUGGAGGUGAAGGUGGUCUUCGUGCCGUCAUAGAUCGUGUGCGAUCGCGCAACGAAGAGCGACGAGAAGCGUCAAGGGAGGGCGUCGUUCCAUCCUCGACACGGUCGCGGCUAUCCUUUCCCAUGACGCGCACCUCCGCGGUGCAAGCGCAAGAUGCAAGUCGGGACAUCGUCGGCACUGAGUGGGGCUUUGCGCCCGAAGAGUCCACCAGAACGAUGACUGCAGUCACGCGAUCUUCCCCGCCCGCCGGCACCCAUAUUCUCCUCCCUGCUCCUCGCACGGACCGACGUCGCUCAGCAUUGACAAGUUCUGGCAGACAAUCCGGUGAGAGGGUCUAUGCCGACAGGAGAAGAGUCUCUUUCCGCUCUCCAGGUCAACAGUCGAAUUUGCCAUCGGAAGCUUCCAGGGAUGAAGAAUUGAGGUCCAGCGUGAGAGGAGCUGCCAGGUACUCUGGAUCCCUUGCCGGUCCAUCCCUCGCGCCACAAACAGUGCCAGAGUCUGACCAAACGACUGGACAGGCAGAAACUGCUCUGCAAGCUGCGCUGAGAAGAGCACGGAACGAUUUUCCACGUUUGUACGACCUAGCAGAAGCAGGCAGGUCCUCGCAGAUCGGCCUGAGACUUGUGCCACCCGAACUCAACACCACCUUGUACGGGUCAGAUGCCGUGCGCGCCGUACGCGCUGCAGCCAUCGACGCUGAGCGCCAUAUUGAAGACAUACUGGCGCAAUUGAGCCAGCCUUUGCAGGGUCACGGCGCAGGUGCGCCGUUCAGGAUUCAUCGCCGACAGCUCGAUCAGCACGUAGCAUCGGCAUGCCGUGCUGUACGUGAAGAGCUUGAACGGUGUUCCGCAGAGGCAUUGCGCAAUCACCUGUUGAAUCCCUACAACUUGGCAUACUUGAUGUCAACUCAAGUCGUCCGUCUUGCUGAGGAGACUUUGCGCGCAUACACCCCAAUGUGGGGCUGGUACGAAUUGUUCCGUUAUUGGCGAUUCGUCCUUGAGCAACGUGUAUCCCUUCUUCGACUAUGGAUCUCCACUGUUGAUCGCGAAAGCUGGAGACAAAAUGCCCACGGAAUCGUGCUGCUGACGGGCGGCGUUGGCUUGGUGCAGGGCAGUCUGCUCGAAAUGGAGUCAGCAAUAGGCGUUCAACCCGACCUAAUUUAGGGACGUUUGAGCCAACGACUCCCACAUCCGUGGAAAUCAGCGCAGCUCUUUCCUUAAAUCGUGGCGCUAGCACUCAUCUUUCCUCGCAUGUCUUGCCUAGUACUCGCAAAAUCCGACUGCUCCUCCGCAGUGCUUAUCACACUUCUCUAGUCCAAAUUCUGAGUGACAUUAGACAGCUUCUACCCUACAUACAGUCAACUGCAAUGCACAUCGUUCCUACCAGGUAGU